AUGUCAGACACUCAAUCCAAAAUCGAUUCAUUGCAAGAAUUAAAUUCUCAACUCAUUGCCACGAUUGCUGAGCUUAGAAAGGAGAAUGCCGAGAUCAAAGCCGAGAAUACAAAAUUAAAACAAGAUAAAGAAGAAAUCGAGGUCAGGUUUGUAAAACUAGAGCAGAAGGACAAAGAAAAGUCGAUCCUUAUUACUAAAUUGCAACACGAUGUCUCAUUAAUCAAGGAACAGAGCAUGCAAGAUAAGAACAUGGAAUGCCAUCAAACUGCCAUUGAUACACUUUCUACGAAAGACGUUUCACAAUCUUCGGUAAAUUCUGAUGAUACACUUGAUCAGACAGUUUCACAAUGCAAGGAUACCUCGAUAUCUGAUAAUACUUCAAAUUAUGAUGUAUCCGAUAACGCUCCAAAUUUUGAUGUAUACCAGGAUACGAAGACUCAGCCGGAGGCUAAAUCGCCAGAAGACUCUCGGAUUGAGGAUGCUAAUGCAUCUAAAGUGAUCGAUAAAUUCCUGGACGAGGUACAUAAGAAAAGGGUUAGCGAUUCGAUCAGGCAGAGAAAGCAUGAGGAGAAACUUCAGGAUCAAAAUUCAGACAUAUCUUCAGUUAAUCACGAUGUUUCUUUAGCGACAUCCGAAUCAUGUGAUAUAAAAAUCGUUCCCUCAGGGAACGAUCAAGAUUCAAGUAGAAAAACCAUUUGUUCGGGAAAUGAUCAAACUGAAAUAUCUGAAUUAAAGCAAGAUGAUGAGACUGAUAAAAAUCAAAUCGUAGAGCAGGGUUUAAUAGAAGAAUUGUGUUUAUCUACUGAGAAUUCUGCGAUAGAUAAUACCAGCUCUACUGAAAUUAAUAUAUCGGAGAAUAAAGGGAACGAUCAAGUUUUAUCAGAAACUGAGGUAAGUACACCACCUAUGCCAACCAAAUCUCGACCUCCAAUUUCUAUUUUACCCAGCAAUCCCGAGGAAAAACGAAAACAUAACGUUAAUAUGGAAGAGCAGAGCACAGAAUCAAAACAUUAA